UGCAAAGAAAUGAAGUUUGCGAAAUGGACGUUGAUGAUGAUGUCGACAGAUUAUCCAUUUUCAAACCGAAAGGGCGACCUAUAGGUGCUUCUCGGAACAGAUAUCUGGAUGAUGCUGAAUAUAAUGCUGCCCGAAGCUAUAUCCUUCUGAAUUGCACUGAAAUCGAACCUUUCAGAGAAGUUUUUGAAGGCGAGUUGUAUGAAAUCAACCCCGAAAUCACACAGACCGAAGUUGUAGUCAAGUUGGAGAGUGAAUUCGCCUUUUGGUUCGAGCAAUAUGUGAAAGACCAAACUGUCUGUACCAAUCCCUAUAUUCUAAGUCUUGCAGAAGGACCGCUUAGAUCUGUCAAAACAUUCAAGGGGUAUUGUGUGAACGGGUUUAAAUUCAAUACUGAAGAAUAUGGGGAGGAUCGGGUUACAAUGAAUAGCGGAGUUUGUGUAAAAGGAUCACUCUACGGUCCGGCUGAAAGCGACUUUUAUGGAGUGUUGACUGACAUUAUCGAGUUAGAGUAUCCAGCUCUACCGAUAAAAAGGACGGUCUUAUUUAAAUGUAAUUGGUUUGAUCCUACGAAAAAAGUUGGUAUGUUAGCCCAUCCUCGGUAUAACAUAGUGGAUGUUAAUCACAGAAAGAGGUACAACAAAUAUGAACCCUUCAUUUUAGCUGAACAGUCCGAUCAAGUACAUUACUUACCUUAUCCUAGCAAAAGGCGAGACAAAAAAGACUGGUGGGCAGUAUGCAAGAUAAAAGCUCGCUCUGAGAUAGACAUGCCUGCAACAACUGUUCCAGCUUUCCAAGAUGAUAGUGCAGAUCAUCUGCUCGAUGUCAUAACAAAUGAAGAACCGACAAAUUUAGUUGAUCCGAAUGGCGAGGCGGACGAGGCUGCAUUACACAACCCUCCAUUAGUGGAGACGGAAGAUGAUUAUCCACCAUCUUCGUCAGACGAUGAAGACAUUGUAGCGGCAGAUAAUAUAGAAAUUGCAUGAUUCGUUUAAGUGUCAUUUAUGUAGAAUUUUGACUUUUAUUUACAUUUGUUGAUGUGGUAACUUUAUUUUGUUAAUAAAUUAUGUGUUAUGGUUU